AUGCUCCGCGAGGUUGCGGAGGAGCUGGGGCUGUCCGCCGCGCUGGCGGCGGCAGGGAGGAGCAGUAUACGGCUCAGGGAGCUGAUCAGGGCCGUCAGGGCAUGCAAGACAGCAGCGGAGGAGCGGGAUGUGAUUGCCAAGGAGUCCGCUGCUCUGCGGGAGGCCUUCAAGGACCAAGACUCGCGCUACAGGCACAGGAACGUGGCCAAGCUGAUGUAUAUCCACAUGCUGGGAUAUCCAACGCAUUUUGGCCAGAUGGAGACGCUCAAGCUGAUCGCCGCAAACGGCUUCCCGGAGAAGCGCAUCGGCUACCUGGGCCUGAUGAUCCUGCUGGACGAGCGCCACGAGGUGCUCAUGCUGGUGACCAACAGCCUCAAGAUGGACCUCAACAACCACAAGAACAUGUACAUCGUAGGGCUCGCACUUGCAGCGCUCGGGAACAUCUGCUCCGCGGUGUCGUUGGGGCUGGGCAGCUGGCAGCAGCGCGAGCGGCGGCCCUCGGCGGCCGGUGGCGGCCGGUGA